GAUGGAAAGUCUGACGACUGCACAAGCGAGAUUUUGAUGAACUUAGCGGCAGAGGACUGUUCUGUCAGCGAGAGUGAUGCAGUGAAAGAUAACUGAUGGACAAAAUCAAACAUCACACUCCUAAACAUGAAGCUGAUACAUGUUAGAAUAACAGUAAUCAAACAACAGCUUGAAUUUAAUUAUUAAUUGAUAUUAUAUAGUUACUAAAUUUCGCGAUUUAAUCUUCGCGUGUCCUAUAAUUUGCGAGUUUUAAAUUUCGCGAUUUUUUCAAAAUCGCGAAGUUUAGUAUAAGGUAUGUUCUUAAAGUUUCGCUCAGCCUUGAUAUUCUUAUAAAAUAUAUUCUUCUAAAAAAGGAGUGUACUUGGCCCCUGUAGCCUUUGUGCUAUAAAUACUGAGACAGGGUAUUUUAUGUUGUUUUUGCUAACUCAUUCUUUUUCUUCGGUGCUCGUUUUAGAAAAGUAUCUUUAAAACCUUCUGUUGUUGACUAAGCUGACAGAUUAAACACUAAAAGAUUUGUAAGCAUUCCAUCAAAUUUUCUCGGCCAGCAUAUAAUAUGGCUCCCAUUUGGAAAGGAUGAUAAAGUCAGACAGACAACACUGAUUUCUUUAUCAUUUAGCGUGCGCCUCUUGCCUCCAGGAUUUGGCGCGGUCAUUUUUUUCCUCGAGAUUUUCUUUCGCGUCACGCGCGACUGACUAAGCAAAGAGCGCCCAUUGGUAGUCUAGCCAGCUAUGGCUUAUGUUAAACAAACAAACAACACAGAAAUAACCAAAGCGGCAUGGAAAACCGUAGUUACCGGCGUAUACAAUAAUUUGACUUCCAAAGUUCGAAACUACAUUUCAUGUGAUCGAAGCUCAAUUAACUCGUGACGACAUUGCAUCCAAGAAAAUGUUUACCGUCCACCGACGUAUCCAAGAAUUUGACCGCCAAUUUUCGAAACACUUCAUGUGAUCGACGCUGAAAUAACUCGUGACAAGACAAUAUUACAUUUUAGGGAAUGUUAGACGCUGACUCGCUAAAUAGAUGAGUGCUUUGGACUACUCUUGGUCGCCCGAAAAAAUCUAGGUCAUACGAACUGACCUGUCCACCGACUGUGGGCAGAAAAUGUCUCUUAUACUUGGGGAAGAUCUCUGCGUUAACGCUACAGUUCCAAGUUAUUUACCCUUUUUCACGGCCUCGUCUUCAAUAUUAAUUAGUAUCAUUGCGUCUGUUGGAAACUCUCUCGUGGUUAUUGCUGUCAUCUGGAAUCCUUACAAAGACUUGCGGACACCGUUUUGCUACUUCGUAGCGAAUCUUAGCAUUGCGGACCUUGUCGUUGGACUUAUUGUAGGGCCUUUGUCUACGAUAAAUCAUAUCCUGAAGGGACUUGACAAGCUAAAGCAGCCUUUCGGAGACAUAGUUCUGGUAGCGUAUUUUAUUUUAUGCACCGCGUCACUUUUCAGCCUAUCAGCUCUAGCGCUCGAUCGUUAUCUCGCCAUCAUGAACCCUCUGAGUUAUCGAACCAACCUUAACCCUGUCAGGACCUUCUUGGUUUCAGUUAUUGUGUGGAUUGCGUCCAUUCUGCUUUCGAUGAUCUUUUUCAUUGUGGGGCCCUUCAGAUAUCUUUUCAUCUUUGCUAACACUGCCUUAGCUGUUACCAUUGUUGUGCUGAUUUUUACGAAAGCCAAGAUUUUGAAGUACUUGCGACACCAGACGCAGCAAUGGGACACCUUCCACGAGAGUACAGAAGAGAACUUGAUUAUGAGACAGUUGAUGAUGUGGGAAAAGAAAAUGACGAAAACACUGCUCAUUGUAAUGCUGUUGUUUCUUACUUUUUAUCUCCCAUCAUGUAUUUUUAUUUACAUCAUCAAUCUCUGCACAAAUUGUCAUUGUGUGUUUCUUCAUUGGAUCAUUGACAUUCAAUUUCUUCUUAUAAUGGCCAAUUCAGCCGUGAAUCCAUUUGUGUUCCCCUGGAGAUUGGGAAAUUUCCGAAGGGUUUUCAGGAGCAUUGUGACAUGUCGCACGUGUAUCAGGUCCAUGUCAGUUUUGAACCACAAUAAUUAUCAACCGUUGUGAACGCUAAUGGGUCUUAAAACAGCUACGCGCGAUAGGUGCAGUUUAGUUGAUACAGAGGACAUUAAGUAGACAGCCGAUUAAACUGGAAAAGCAGAACGUAUGCAAGGUAGUUCCCAAAGCGUAUGGCGGCCAUAAACCGAUGGGGGUCAAAAUGUGUAAAACACGGGACAGUUUUGUCCAUGAUGAUUGUCUCGUGGGGUAUACGUGACAAAUCAACAUCGCACAGCGUUGCUGACUGACUGUCGGUUUAUUUCGGUGUAUAUCGAGUGACUUUUAGAUUUGGGUAGGUGUACGACAAUGUGUCCG